GCCCGCCCGGACUGUCGCGGCCCGUGGUGGCGACGGCGGCGGCAGCAGCAAAGUUUCCCCGGCGGCGGCCCAGGGGCGCAUCCUCCCGCAACUGUCAAGCGCUGGCGGCGGAAAUGAUGAGGUGCUGGCCAUUUUCCGAGCCCGGGUUUCCUGCCUGAGCCCCGCUCGAGCGAGCUGCGAGCCAGGAGCCGGCGCGUGGGAGAGAACGCGCCCGGGGCGGGGGCCCGCCCGCCCCCUCGGGAUUUCGGGGGGCCGGGGAAGCGCGACGCCAUGGGCAGGCCGGGCCCGGACCCCCUCUCUUUCAGCCUGGCCGCCCCACCUCGGUCUCCGCCAUGAACGGACCCACCCUGCAGCCCUCCUCGGCCUCCUCCGCGUCCUCCCCGUCCUCGUCGGCAGCGUCGUCGCCGUCCCCGCGGGGCUGGAGCGAAUUCUGCGAGCUGCACGCUGUGGCCGCGGCCCGGGAGCUGGCCCGGCAGUACUGGGUCUUCGCGCGCGAGCACCCGCACCACGCGCCGCUGCGCGCCGAGCUCGUGUCGCUGCAGUUCACCGACCUCUUCCAGCGCUACUUCUGCCGCGAGCCAUGGCCCCCCCAAACUUGGGUGUGGCCCCCCCCCCCGUGGGCGGGCCUUGGAGUGGAAGUUCACGCCUGUCCUCACAGACGGUUCAGCCACACUCGGCCACUCUGCGCGAACCAGGGCACCCGCAUCUCAGGAGGGGCUCGAAGUUCAAAGCCCAAGCUACAAGCAGCCUGCUCCAAUAUCCAGGAGGUCCGGCGAUGCACACGCCUCGAGAUGCCAGACAACCUCUACACCUUUGUCCUGAAGGUGAAGGACCGGACGGACAUCAUCUUCGAGGUGGGGGACGAGCAGCAGCUGAACUCCUGGAUGGCUGAGCUCCGGGAGUGCACAGGCCAAGGGUUGGAGAGCACAGACCCAGAGACACAUAUUCCCUCAGCCCUAGAGCCUGGCACAUCCAACUCUCCGAGGGGAAGCACAGAUUCCCUGAACCAAGGUGCUUCUCCUGGGGGGUUGCUGGACCCCGCCUGUCAGAAAACAGAUCACUUCCUGUCCUGCUACCCCUGGUUCCAUGGCCCCAUCUCCCGGGUGAAGGCAGCCCAGCUGGUUCAGCUGCAGGGUCCUGACGCUCACGGAGUGUUCCUGGUACGGCAGAGUGAGACACGGCGUGGAGAGUAUGUGCUCACAUUCAACUUCCAAGGCAUAGCCAAGCACCUACGCCUGUCGCUGACCGAGCGGGGCCAGUGCCGAGUGCAGCAUCUCCACUUCCCCUCCGUCGUGGACAUGCUACGCCACUUCCAGCGCUCCCCCAUCCCGCUCGAGUGCGGUGCUGCCUGUGACGUCCGCUUGUCCAGCUACGUGGUAGUGGUCUCCCAGCCACCAGGUUCCUCCAACACUGUCCUGUUCCCCUUCUCCCUCGCUCACUGGGAUUCGGAGCUGGGCCUUCCCCACCUUAGCUCUUCUGGCUGUCCGCGGGGGCUUGGCCCAGAGGGUCUCCCCGGCCGAUCCUCUCCCCCAGAGCAGAUAUUCCACCUGGUGCCUUCGCCCGAGGAACUGGCCAACAGCCUGCGGCACCUGGAGCCUGAACCUGCCAGUCGAGCCCGGGACUCAGACUACGAAAUGGACUCCUCCUCCCGGAGCCAUCUACGGGCCAUAGACAAUCAGUACACACCUCUCUGACGGGCAGUGAGGAAUCCCAGGCCUCACACAUGCCCCCGAGGAACACAAGCAAGCAGAGAUGUGAACUUGUGAAUGUAACUUUCUUUCCUUCCUUCCAGAGAGAGAUUUCUAACUGCUCAUUCCAGUUUGGAUGUGACCCUUCUAAUAGGCCUGUUAAAGGGCCUCCUGUAUGUUUCAUCAGUCCAUCGAUUGGCUUUCUCCUUAUUGUUUACAGAUGUAGUUCUUGUUCGCAGACGCCACUAAUUCUCGCCCCGAGUCCCCAGGACCGGUCCCCAUCCCUCUUACAGGACAUGGUGGGGUGAGGGCCAGAGCUGGUGGCGGAACCUGGGUUCUCUUUCUCACUGACACUGUCACAGCUGAUGGCAGACUUUCGGGGGGGGGGGGUCGUCAGGAAGCCCAAAACACUAACAAGCCCUGGAUUCUCACAUGGUUUGCCAGUCCACGCGGCAGGUCUGCCGGCACCCACGCCGGAGAUGAACACACCACCCCUGCUUUGCCUCACAGCUUUAGGACAAAGCUCAAAGUUAAAAAUUGUUUUAAACAUUUUACCUCAGAUUAAUUUUUCAAAGGAUUCAGGUUUUGAAACUCAAUUAUUGCUUAUUUCAUUGCACUCUUUAAUAGCUAUGCAAACCCUACUUGACUAGUUCCGGGUCUGAGCCAGCAUGCCUGGCUUCCAUGUUUUUUUCAUCCUCAGGACAGUCACCUGCUGAGUAGCCACUGUCCUUCCUAAAUGUAGAGAAGUGAAGUAUGUCACCCUUUCAGGGAAAUUCAGGCAAUUACUGAAAUAGGAGGGUGGCAAGGAAUAGUUCUACCCUGGUGCCUUAUGAAUAAAAAACUGGAUUCUGGUUUAUAGCCGCUUUCUGGUGAGAGUUAAACUAGUUUAAAGGGUGAGGGAGGGACAAGCAAAAAAGGGAGGAAGGGCUCCUGGGCCCUUUCUUCUGGUAAAUCCUUCACCAACAGGGCUGGCUCAGAGCACCCCCCCCCCCCCGCCCCGCAGGGGCAUCUAAUGGCUUAUAAACUAUCCCACAAGGUUUUAGGCUCAUUCUUGAGCCAAGAUAGGAGCUAGGAAUCUGGUGCCACAGCUAAUGAGAAACUCUAACAGCCCACAAUCAAUCAGUGUUCUGUUCCAGCUGCUUACUACUUCACUUGGUGAGGAAUAUGAGCGCACGUACACACGGGCACACAUCGUCUCCACCGGCCAGGGAUCCUGCAGUCAAAUCUCCAUCUGUACUUGCCUUUCACCAGUAAUACAAUUCACAGGGGAGCUGGCUCCUCCCAGAACUUUCCUGCAGAGGCUCCAAAACAAGGGGGGCAGUGACAGAGUGGAGCCAGCUGCUCCUGGGUGCCAGCAGAGCCUUUCAGUAGAGCCACCAGGCUCACCAAAGUGGCUUCUAGGAAACUGGGAGUUUAGCACAGUUUAUCAUUUAUAGAUACAUCAAUCAGGCUAACUUUAAACCCUGGCCUAAAACUAACUACUGCCUGCCUUAUCUGGGGUGAGGGUUUGGUUUGCACCCUCCAGCCAUUCUCUGUAUUCCCAGAGGUCAGACUUUUGCUUCUAGAAUUUUCUGGGGUUUUUUUUUGGGGGGGGGGGAAGGUGGAGGGGGCAAGCAGUCACCUCUUCACCACUUUAAAAACCAAUGCUCCUGGGUGUUUUCAUAGAUUGUAAAGCAGAUCCGAUCCAGAUUUGUGGUCUUUUUCUAAGGACACUUCUUUCCUUCAUUUUUCUACACAUCAAUCAGGUUUCUCUACGUAAUGAAUGCUAAGUGAAGUGUGAACCAGAGAAGUAAGCACUGUUCUGGAUUUCUCUUAGAGAAAGCUCAUCACGCACGGUCACAGCAUACCCCACACCACCCUCCUGACCCCAGUGUGACCGCUGCUGACAGCAAGAAGCCAAGCCAACAGCCUCCACUGAGAGGCCAGGCUCUGAGUGCCAAAUGGAUAGUAAGCACUGUGAUCCCUCCAGUUAUCUCUAGUGACAGACAACAAGGAUAGCUUGACUGCUCCCAGCACCAUCACUUCCUUCUGUCUUGAAUGAACUUUUACAAACUAACAGUCACCAGCACCAAAGAAUUAAGUCAACUAACCUGCCUUGAAUUUUAGACCAGCAAUCCAUAUGGCUUUAUCUGGUAUAAAUCUUCUGCCUUUGAUCAUUUCUGGACCGUGUAGGAAAAAGGAAUAGCAAUCAUUAAAAUCUUAGGCCAGAGAACACUAUUUUUACAUAACAGUUUCUUAACCUAAAAUCAAGGCCUUGAACUCUUCCCUAAGUGUUGCCUGAGAUUCCUUCAUGCUUUUAAUUCAGGGCUGUGUCUCCUAUCGCAAAUGUCAUGUGAGCUCUAACAUCUCCCACAGGCUUGAGGAACUUGAUAGUAUAUUAUCCACUGCCUCUUAACAAGGACACAUCUGACACCCAGUGUUUGGCUGGAAUAAGCAGCACACUGUAAUGACAACAGUGUAAAUGGAUCCAUUCUAUAUCAUUAUAGGCAGAAGGUAUUUGGCAAAUUUUUAUGUAUUAUGUACUGUACAAGUAACUUAUUCUUGAAUAAUGCAAAUUUUGCUAUAAUGUACAAAUUGCUACACAUGAAUUAAAAAAAAAGUUUUCAGAA